CUUGUCUGUCCAUUGCUGGCCUAUCUUUCUCUGGCCCCCUCUCUCACUCUCAGCAGCUGUCUCUCACAGGCCCGCUGCCCUGCCUUUUCUUUGCCUCCUGCUCCGCCUGCCUGGGUGGCCGCCAUGGGUCGGAAGCGGUUCAUCACAGACUCCUACCCUGUUGUGAAGAAGAGGGAGGGGCCCCCUGGGCACAACAAGGGGGAGCUGGCACCCGAGCUAGGGGAAGACACCCAGUCCCUCAGCCAGGAGGAAACAGAGCUGGAGUUGCUGAGGCAGUUUGACCUGGCCUGGCAGUAUGGGCCUUGCACAGGUAUCACAAGGCUGCAGCGCUGGCAUCGGGCAGAGCAGAUGGGCUUGAAGCCCCCCGUAGAGGUGUACCAAGUGUUGAAGACACAUCCUGAAGACUCUCGCUUCCAAUGCAGCCUCUGGCAUCUCUACCCACUCUGAGGUACCACCUAGGUUGUCCCCUUGGCAUCUCCUAGCCACCAAGAACUUCAGGGCAGACAUCAUGGCUUUCUCUGAUCACCAUUCCAUUUUUGGAUAACAAGUUAGCAGGCUGACUUUGGAGGUCUUCCUGGUCCAGCUUCUUAUCUGUCUACACAACAGGCUACUGAAGCUCCUGGGGACCUGAGAAGCCGAGCAGAGCACCUCCAAGCUCUAAUCAUGAGCACUAGAUGUCUGCCACACCCUCUCUGACCUAUGGUGUGGCAAAUCCAGCACAGUCUGGCAUAAAGCCAGAUGUAGUCAGGGCCCACCUAGGGCAUCUUGCUGAGAACACAACUGGCUGAGUUCUUAAUCAAAAAGUUCACUAAUGCUUACAAUAAAGUAUAUUAAGCCUGAAA